CACCAGACAAAAAGAAGUGAAUAACAAAAUCACGUGAACGCGUGUCACGUGACUGCUGCGUCAAUAACGUCUUGCCCAGCAGUUACAACAGCUGAGUUUAGACAACUGAACCAGAAGAGGACAAGAUGAACACACUGCUGACCUGCUCCAUCCCCUUGUUAUUCAGUUCGUUGGUCUGGAGUGGAUAUCUGGAAUAUGACCAAAAUGUCUUGAUACCAGACGACUGGACUCAUGCGGGUCGGGUGGACCCCACAGAGGAGCUGCAGCUGACCUUUGCCCUGAAGCAGGAAAACACUGACCUGCUGGAGGCACUACUCAUGCUGGUGUCGGACCCUGUCUCAUCACUGUAUGGUAAACACCUCACCCUGGAUGAAGUGUCCUUCCUCGUGCGUCCGUCUAAACUGACCCAGAAGGUGGUGCAUCACUGGCUGCAGAGUCAUGGGAUUACAAACUGCAUGACUGUACACACUCAGGACUUUUUACAGUGCAACAUGACUGCAGCGGUUGCAGAGAUGCUGCUUCCAGGCAGCAAGUUCAACCGUUACAUCAGGGACGGCCACUCUCUGGUGAGGUCUUCAGCUCCGUACUCUGUUCAUGAUGAUGUUCACGAGCACCUGGACUUCGUUGGAGGGCUUCACCGCCUCCCUCCUAAAGGACAAGACAUCAGCAAAGCCUCCUAUAACGGAGAGAAAAAGCAGUCUGAGACAGGGGUGCACCUGGGAGUGACCCCCGCCAUCUUGAGGGCCCGCUAUAACCUCACAGCAACUGAUGUGGGAACAGCUCAGAACAACAGCCAGGCUGUCGCCCAGUUCUUGGAGCAGUACUACAACCCUGCAGACCUGGCAGAGUUCAUGGGCAUGUAUGGCAGGAGCUUCAAGCACCUCUCUCAGGUGGAGCGGGUUGUAGGCACUCAAGGAGCAGGGAAGGCUGGUCUGGAGGCCAGUCUGGACGUAGAGUACAUCAUGAGCACGGGGGCAAACAUCUCCACGUGGGUCUUCACCAAUCCAGGUCGUCAUGAGUCACAGGAGCCGUUCCUCCAGUGGAUGGUUUUGCUCAGCAACAUGUCCGACCUGCCCUGGGUUCACACUAUCAGCUAUGGAGACGAUGAAGACAGCCUGUCGACUGCGUACAUGAUGCGCAUCAACGCAGAGUUCAUGAAGGCUGGCGUCAGGGGAAUCUCGCUGCUCUUUGCUUCUGGUGACAGUGGUGCAGGCUGCAGACAUUUGGGUAAAGAAAACUCCUUCAGGCCGAGUUUUCCUGCGUCAAGCCCAUAUGUGACUACAGUAGGAGGAACCUCAUUCAAGAACCCAUUUAAAGUCACGUAUGAAGUUACAGAUUACAUCAGUGGAGGAGGCUUCAGCAAUGUCUUCAAGAUGCCUGACUACCAGGCUAGUGCAGUGGAUGGGUAUCUGAAGACUGUAGCAGCAACGCUCCCUCCUCGGGCAUAUUUCAAUACCAGCGGCAGAGCGUAUCCGGACAUAGCUGCCCUGUCGGAUAACUACUGGGUGGUCAUCAACAGAGUACCUGUCCCCUGGGUGUCUGGGACUUCGGCGUCGACCCCUGUGGUCGGAGGCAUGCUGUCUCUCAUCAAUGACCAGCGGCUGCUAGCUGGCCUGCCUCCCCUGGGCUUCCUCAACCCACGGCUCUACAAGCUCAAAGGACAAGCUAUGUUUGAUGUGACUGAAGGUUGUCACCUGAGCUGCCUGGACGAACAGGUUCAGGGGAAAGGUUUCUGUGCUGCACCAUCGUGGGAUCCGGUUACAGGCUGGGGGACGCCAAACUACCCUGAACUGCUGGCUGCACUGCUAGUGGAGUGAAACCAUCAGGGUGACGUCUGCUCUGAGAGCAGGUACUGUUAAUUUGAGGUUGAAACUUUGCGUUAUUCCAGUCUUAAGGAAUACUUUUAUCCGUUAUCCUCACCUGUCCAUUUAAGAUUUAAGGCUCCUUUUUUUUAGUAUAUCUUUUUUUUUUUUUUUUCUCCAAAAGGCUUGAAACUGUUUCCUCAAAUGUGCUUAGGUCAGGGAUAUAGUGGUGGUUUGAGAUUUGUAAUGCUACACUGCAGUUGCUUGUUUCUGCUGUUCACUGCAUUUCCACUGACCCAGUUUUCUCUAUGAAUCUCUCAAACACUCUUACAGGCAGACUAGUGUUAGUGUAGUAUCUUAAGCCUUAAAGUCAUGACGCUAGAUAGGCAGCGAUGGGAAGUGUAGGUAAACUGGUUCCUAUGCAUGAAGAACAUAAAUAUACUCUCACUAGUCCACCUCUUGGGUGUACACAUGGGCCUAUUUGAACAGGUUUUUAUUUUAUUACAGUGUUAGAUGUCAAUCAAGGAUCUAUAUACCGGAUGCAAUAAUUUCACCAAACCAGGCAUUGAGUACAACAUCAGAUACAGGUUUGGUUUGUAGUGAGACUAAGAGAGCCAACAUAUUGGUGGUCUAUUUUGCCAUACUAUACUACUCUGCAGGGAAGAGCUAGGUACAAGUCGUCAUUUAAUAACAGACGAUAUUUGCAUGCAAUUUAAGAAAUCAUGUGUUUUAAAAUAAACAGGAACAUACAUGUGGUUUAAGAUUAACAGGACCUUUUUAAAACUUGAUUUCACUUUGUUGCCGUUUGCUCUGCGGCUACAAAUGAACCAGAUGCACUAAUAUUUGGGUUAAAAGUGAUUCGGCAGUUCUACCCACCAGCAUUGUCUUUUUAAACUAUGUAAAAACUCAGAUGAUGUAUUUCAUUUGAGAAAGACUGCCUGUGCUGCUUUGUGAGUUUCUUAAAGAUGGAUUUUUACUUUGAAGUGUCAGUUGAUUGUGCAGGAGUGUGAAGGAUGCCAGUUUUUAGAAAUGUACCACAUGAAAAGGUAAUGGAAAUUAAUUGCCGACAUAUCUGAGAAUCGUUGAAUCAUGUCGUUCCCUUUAAAAAAGAGAGCAAUGUUUCUAAUUAUAAAAAUGAAUGAAGUUGCAGCCCUUAAUGGUGUUACUACUGUAGACCUGAUUGCCAGCUGCAGUCUCAAAUGUUAUGAGUUGAUACAAAGUAAGCAGACAAGGCUUCAACCUUUCAUUUCAAAUGUUUCCCUAAAGUUUUGACUCUUCUCCCUUUGUCUCAUGUCAGACAAAAACGUUGGACAGAGUAUUUGGACAAUUGUUAUACUAUUAAAUAGCCGUAAGACGUUACCUUUUAAACUGCUCAAUUUAAGUUUUAAGAUGUGAUAAAUUGUCAAUGUAUAUGCAAUGCUCUGAAAAAUAAAAUGAAAGCACCAAAA